AUGUAUAUCAAGCAGAUCAUCAUUCAAGGCUUUAAGAGCUACAAGGACCAGACGGUCAUGGAGCCCUUUUCGCCCGGUACGAAUGUUAUUGUCGGUCGCAAUGGUUCUGGGAAAAGUAAUUUCUUCGCUGCGAUACGAUUCGUUCUCAGCGAUGCCUACACCCAAAUGAGUCGCGAGGAACGACAAGCAUUACUGCACGAAGGCUCGGGCUCCGCCGUCAUGUCCGCCUACGUUGAAGUCAUUUUCGACAAUAGCGACGAUCGAUUCCCGACCGGAAACAAAGAAGUUAUUCUGCGACGUACGAUCGGUUUAAAGAAGGAUGAAUACUCGGUCGAUAAAAAAGUUUCCACCAAAGCAGAUGUUGCAAACUUACUAGAGGCUGCUGGGUUCUCGAGGUCAAAUCCUUACUACAUUGUCCCGCAAGGUCGCGUCACGGCUCUUACCAACAUGAAAGAGUCUGAACGGUUAAACCUAUUAAAGGAGGUUGCCGGAACCCAAGUCUACGAGUCUCGCCGAGCUGAAUCGCUCAAGAUUAUGACGGAAACCAACAACAAGAGAGAGAAGAUUGACGAACUCCUAGAUUAUAUCAAGGAACGCCUUAAUGAGCUAGAGGAAGAGAAGGAGGAGCUACGGGGUUACCAGGAUAAGGACCGUGAGCGGAGAUGCUUAGAAUACGCGUAUUAUCACAAGGAUCAAGUCGCUACCCAAGAAGCCCUCGAAGAACUAGAGGAAUCACGUCAAGGCGGCAUUGAAGAUACGGAUGAUAACCGCGAGGCUUAUAACGAGGGUGUGAAAGUCAUCGCUACGUUGGAUGCCGAAAUACACAAACUUCAGCAACAAAUGGAACUACUCCGUAUAGACCGUCGACAGCUAGAUGAGGAUCGUCGAGAGAGUGCUAAAGCAAUAGCGAACGCCGAAUUAAUUUCUAAGAGUCUGAACGAUGGCCAGUCGGCCCAGGAGCAAGCCAGACAACAGCACGAUGCGGAGCUAGAGGAAGUGAAAGCAGCAAUAGCGAAGAGGGAAGCCGAACUCAAGAAAAUAAUGCCCGACUUCGAGAAGGCGAAACGAAACGAAGACCAGACCAAACAAGCUCUAGAAACAGCAGAGGCUAGCCGACAACGUCUCUUUACAAAGCAGACUCGAGGAAGCCAAUUCAAAAGCAAAGCAGAGCGAGAUGCAUGGUUACGGAAAGAAAUAGACGAGCUUAACGUGACGUUAAGUCAACAAAGAGCAAAUCGGCUCGAUGCUGACGAAGAAGUAAAAGACAUCCAGAAUGGAAUUCAACAGCUUGAGGACGAGAUCACGACGCUGCGACAGAGAAAUGAAGGGUUUGGUGGUGACCGACUUGCUCUCGCCGAAGAAGUUACCAGCGCGAAAGAUGUUCUCGACAGAUUGAAUGAGGAGAGGAAGUCACUCCGCAGAGAAGACGACAAACUCGACACUAUAAUUUCAAAUGCUCGAGGCGAACUAGAUAAUGCUGAACGAGAAUUGUCCUAUACCAUGGACCGAGUCACUGCUCGAGGUUUAGCGACUAUACAACAAUUGAAGCGCAAAGAGGAUAUUCCCGGUGCAUAUGGCACAUUAGCUGAGCUCCUGGACGUUAGCGAAGCAUAUCGGUUACCCGUAGAACAGGUUGCUGGGGCCAGCUUGUUCCAUUACGUGGUUGAUAACGAUGAUACUGCAACAUACCUGGCCAAUACGCUUCAGAAGUCAUAUGGAGGUAGACUCACAUUCAUGCCUCUAUCCAAAUUAAGACCACGGAAUCCGAACCUUCCUAGAGCCAACGAUGCUGUUCCUUUACUUAGCAAGAUCAAGUUUAACCCUGAAUACGAAAAAGCUUUCCAGCAAGUCUUCGGCAACACGAUUAUUUGCCCUAAUCUGACUAUCGCCGGGCAAUACGCGCGAAGCCAUGGCGUACAUGGUGUAACCCCAGAUGGAGACACCUCUAACAAACGUGGUGCCAUGACGGGUGGUUAUAUCGAUACCCGCAAAUCGCGCUUGGAGGCCGUUCGGGCUGUCAAUAAGUGGAGAGGAGAACACGAACAAUUGAGAUCCCAAGCAGCCGAUAUUCGAAGGAAAAUAGAACAGAAGGACCAAGAGAUCACCAAGGCGCUAGGCGAGGAGCGUAGACUAGCCCAGCGACUCCGACAGAUGGAGGACGGCUACGGACCACUUCGCGCAGAACUAAAUGCUAAGAAUAGCCAAGUGGGUCGUGGAAGGGAUCGACUCGAAGCUGCGAUCAAGCGGCGAGAAAUCGUCGAAAGAAACAUGAAGCAGUUCCAAGAUAACCUAAGUGCACACGAGGCCGAAUUAGCUUCAGACUUUAAGAAGACUUUGACAGCCAAUGAGGAGAAACAACUCGAGAGCUUAGGGGCCAGCGUACAAGAGCUGCAGAAAGAAUGGAACAAGAUCAGUAACAAGAGGAGAGAGUUUGAAAGCCGUAAGAGGAAAAUAGAGCUGGAUCUUCGUACGAAUCUUCAACUCAAACUUGAUCAACUCACCAGCCAAGCAUUCGAGACUGCUUCUAGUGGUAGCAGCAGUUUAGCAGAAGCUAGGAGGGAACUUAAGAAGGCCAAAGCUACCGCGGAUUCGGUUAAGCAAAAAAUCAAGGCAAACGACGCACAAAUCGAUAAGGCUGAAUCCAGAAUCAGUGAGCUAGAACAGCAGAAAACAGACAAAGAGACGCAACUGCAAGAGAUCGCAAGAGAAAUUAAGAAACAGGAGAAGAGAAUGGAUAAGAAUAGACAGAUGAAGGCUCUGUUGACGACAAGAGCGACAGAGUUAGCCAAGAACAUCCGCGACCUUGGUGUCUUGCCGGAAGAAGCCUUCGAGAAAUAUGAGAGACUAGAACACCCAACCGUCGUCUCACGUCUGAAGAAAGUCAACGACGCGCUGAAGAAGUACAAGCACGUCAACAAGAAGGCCUUCGAGCAAUACAAUAGCUUCACCAAUCAACAGGAUCAACUGCUAAAGCGUCGCAAGGAACUCGACCAAUCCCAAGCUUCUAUCGAGGACCUAGUGGCUCAUCUCGAUCAGCGUAAGGAUGAAGCCAUUGAGCGAACAUUCAAGCAGGUAUCCAAGGAAUUUGCCACUAUCUUCCAACGCCUAGUACCUGCCGGUCAUGGUCGUCUAGUGAUCCAGCGCAGAGCUGAUCGGAGAGUCGACCCAGUGGACGACUCCGACGAGGAACAACGUAGUAGCGUUGAGAACUACACUGGUGUCGGUAUCAGUGUCUCUUUCAACUCCAAAACCGCAGACGAGCAGCAGCGCAUCCAACAGCUUUCUGGUGGUCAAAAGAGUCUAUGCGCUCUCUGUCUGAUUUUCGCUCUCCAACAGACAGAAUCCAGUCCUAUGGUUAUUUUCGACGAGGUCGAUGCCAAUCUAGAUGCCCAGUACAGAACCGCAGUCGCGGGACUUCUCCAGUCCAUUUCGUCCGAAGCCGGCACCCAAUUCAUUUGCACCACUUUCCGACCGGAGAUUGUGCACGUCGCUGAUAGGUGCUACGGUGUCUUGUUUAGGAACAAGAACAGUACCAUCAAUUGCGUUACCACGGAGCAGGCUUUAGAUUUCGUCGAGGGACAAGCACCUAGGUAA